AUGUUAAAGGGAACGGCAUUCUCAAUUCCUGAACCAGAAGCCGAGCCGGAAGCAUUUGCCGAAGCAGAGCCCGAAGCAUUUGCAGAACCUGACGCUCUCGCUGAUCCCCAACCAGAGGCGUUUGCUGAGCCUGAAGCAUUAGCCCUGGCCGACCCAAUUGCAGAACCAGAACCAAUUGCCAAUCCAGAACCAAGCCCCGUUGCAAAAAAAUGUAAAAACUCAUCGUCGUCGUCAUCAUCAUCGGGAAAAAGUUGUGACCCCUCCGGCUAUGAAGUUAUAAAGGGUGGCAGUGGUCCCAGCAGUAGCAGCAGCAGUAGCAGCGGCAGUAGCGUAAGUAGCACUGGAAGAAGAAGACGCAUCAAGUUCCAAGUGUUCCCCAAUCAAAAAGUGAGUGUUGUCGUUGUAAUUUCAUUUGGCGAAAAGUGUACCGCUACAACCUCAGGCUCUUCUUCAAGCACCUCUACAGUGUCGUCUCCAACCACAGCUGGAUCUGAAACAUCGACAGCCGCUGAAACUUCAACAGCUGGCACUGGUUCAACUGCUGGCACUGUGCGAUACCGGCACAUUCCACAAAAUGAGAGUAGUAGCAAUAAAAAUAGCACAAUUUCACGGCAUAAACAAUUUUGA